CUAGUGGCGGCGGCGGCGGCGGCGGCGGUCCCACUCUGCCGGAGCCGCCACCAUGACGGACCGUUCCGCCUUCGACACCAAUGUCAUCACCAUGACCCGCUUCGUGAUGGAGGAAGGCAGGCGGGCGAAAGGCACCGGGGAGUUCACACAGCUCCUCAACUCUCUCUGCACAGCCAUCAAAGCCAUCUCCACCGCCGUCCGCAAAGCGGGCAUCGCCAACCUCUAUGGAAUUGCUGGGUCUACCAACGUGACAGGAGAUCAAGUAAAGAAGUUGGACAUCCUUUCCAAUGACCUGGUGAUUAACAUGCUCAAGUCAUCCUUCAGUACGUGUGUUAUUGUGUCAGAAGAAAACAAAGAUGCUGUGAUAGUGGAAACUGAAAAACGGGGUAAAUACAUAGUCUGCAUAGACCCUCUAGAUGGCUCAUCGAACAUUGACUGUCUUGUUUCCAUUGGGACCAUCUUUGCCAUCUAUAGAAAGGUGUCCCCUGAUGAACCAUCUGGGAAGGAUGCUUUACAACCUGGGCGUAAUCUUGUGGCAGCUGGUUAUGCUCUCUAUGGGAGUGCCACAAUGCUGGUACUGGCCACUUCUGCUGGAGGUGUCAACUGUUUCAUGCUGGAUCCGGCAAUUGGAGAAUUCAUUUUGGUGGAUAGGGAUGUGAAAAUCAAAAAGAAGGGAAAUAUCUACAGUCUCAAUGAAGGCUAUGCUAAAUACUUUGAUCCUGCAGUCACAGAGUAUCUCAAGAAGAAGAAGUUCCCUGAGGAUGGCAGUUCACCAUAUGGUGGGAGGUACAUAGGAUCUAUGGUGGCUGAUGUGCAUCGCACGCUGGUGUAUGGAGGAAUUUUUCUGUAUCCUGCUAACUCAAAAAGUCCCAAAGGAAAGCUGAGACUGCUUUACGAAUGCAAUCCUAUGGCUUUUAUUAUUGAGAAGGCCGGGGGAAUAGCAACAACUGGUCAUCAAGCAAUACUAGAUAUAGUGCCUGAGGAUAUCCACCAAAGAGUGCCUAUUGUCUUGGGAUCUCAUGAUGAUGUGAAGGAAUACCUUGAGAUAGUCAAGAAGCAUUCAGCUAAGUAAAGAAGGCUUGCUGGAGUCAUUGUGCAGACGGGAAGAAAUGCCUUAGAGCUGAACCAAAGACCAUACUGCAGUAGCGCAAGAGUGAACUGUCUGACUUCUGUAGCAAGAGAGCAAAUGAGCUAUGUUUUCAUAAAUUUUUUAAAAAAUGAAAUAUUGUGCAAUGAAAGGCUUUAAAAGAAGCAUUAAAAGUAAAUGCAAGGGAAAAACAUGUUUGCGUUUCUAUUUCUCAGUUGCGAUUACACAAAAGCCACUGUGCUACAAGGAAACACUGUGUUGCAUUCAGUAAUUAAGGGAAGACUCAACUUUCUCAGAUAAGCUACAGACUAUUGCCAGAAUAUCUGACUGUGCUCUUCUAAAAAUUUCAGGGGGAAGACUCAGCAGCCUUUUAAAGUGAGUGAACCUUCCUAGACCAGUCUCUGGUUCUUUGGUAAUGAAUAUAAAUGCUCAUGUGGACACCUUCACAUGCUGUUUUUAGGUCACAGAAGUUAGUCACCAUACUUCAGUCUGGUCUUAUUCUGACUGAGAAUUAGCAUUUGUGAAACAUGUACAUUAGGGUAUGUUAAUUCUGACACAUAUUGUUAACAUUGCCAGUUGGCACUCUAUCAGAUCCAGUUACACAAGGAUGGAAAACAACAUUUUGGAGGUGGAUAUUGAAUUGGAUAGGGAGCAUGUGUAGUCAGCUUGGUACCAUUCUGCUGUGAUGACCUGGCUGUCUUUGCCAGAAAUUAACCUGCUUGACUGAUGAAAAAAAUGAACCUGUGUGUUGCUAGCAAUA